AUGUACAUUUUGCAGUUAAUUAUCAGCGUUCUCUUCACUUUGGGAGCGGCUCAAAUCCCAUCAAGAAACUACAUCCCACAAAACCAAGGUCAUGGAGGGCAAGGUGGCUUCCAAACUUACCAUGGCUCCCAAAUAGAUCCGGGAUUCAAUCUUGGAGGAGCUGGUAAUGGAAACCGAAGACCUCAACAGGAUGCUGAAAAGAAUGCCGCUACUUUGAAACAAGAUCAGGAUAUCGGUGAAGAUGGAAGCUACCACUUCGGCUUUGAAACUUCAAAUGGCAUUCGAGCUGAAGAAGCAGGCAACCCAGUUCAAGCCCAGGGUGGAUUCUCCUACAAGGGUGACGAUGGUCACACGUACACCGUCACUUAUACCUCAGGAGAAGGUGGUUUCAGACCUCAAGGCGAGCACUUGCCAGUUCCACCUCCUACACCUGAAGCAAUCCUGGAGGCAUUGAGGAAGAAUGAACAGGAUGAAGCUGCCGGAAUUUUUGAUGAUGGUAAAUACCACCCUGAACAACAUGGAGGUGGUCAACGCAAUGGAUUUGGAUCUGCUAAUCACCAGGGAGGCUUCAAUGCCAACAAUGGUUAUCAAUACUGA